CAGCCGGUCACCGGAAGAUCCCCGAGCUCUAGUAGGAGGCUCCUCUACCUAGGGGGGGCCGUCGGCCUCUCUGACAGUGGGUGUGUCCCGGCCUGGAGUGGGCGGGAUCCCCGGCUGUCAGUGCCGCUGUGUUCCCGGGGAUGGCUGUGUGUGCCCGGUUGUGCGGGGUCGUACACUCAGGGGGAUGCCAGCAGAGACAGCAGCCAGACGAAGGCAGAGAAUCGGUGCUAGAGGAGAGCGGCAAGGCCGAGGUGCAGCGGAUAGCAGUGCAGCCGGCGCCCCGGGGACCCCGCACUCUCCUGCAGCUGCCGCCUGAAAUUCUGGUGGAAAUCUUCUCCUGCCUACCCGGCACCGAGCUGCCCCCGCUGGCCUUGGUGUGCCGGAAGUUCCGCCAGAUCCUCACUACAGAUACUAUCUGGAGGCGACGAUGCAAACAGGAAUAUGGAGUUCAUGAAAACUUGAGAAAGCUGGAAGUCACGGGCGUGUCCUGCCAAGAGGUUUAUGUCAAACGUAUUAAUCCGAGAGUGAAAUCUGGGCGUUUUAUGAAAAUCCUCCCCGACUAUGAGCACAUGAACUAUCGAGAUGUGUAUACCUGCUUACUUCACCAAUAUCGGGAUAUACUUGGCCUAUGGCAGCCCGAUCUUGGCCCAUAUGGAGGACUACUUAACGUUGUGGUAGAUGGUUUCUUCAUCAUUGGCUGGAUGUAUCUACCUCCCCAUGAUCCACAUGUCGACGAACCAAUGAGACUGAAGCCUGUGUUCCGGAUCCACCUAAUGGAGAAGAAGUCUGCCACAGUAGAAUGCAUGUAUGGACCUAAAGGACCCCACAGCGGUCAGAUCAAGCUGGUGAAGAAGGGCGAGUUCUGUACCAAAUGCCUGCAGACAGAUUACCACCGAAUGUCCGGAGGGCGGCAAGAGGAAUUCCGGACAUGGUUACGAGAUGACCUGGGAAGGACAUUGGACGACAUCUUCCAUGAACACAUGCAGGAGUUAAUUCUUAUGAAGUUCAUUUAUAUUUGCCAAUAUGACAACUGCCUAACCUAUCGGCGAAUAUACCAUCCUCCGAGUCGGCCAGAUGAUUUAGUUAAGCCUGGAUUUUUUAAGGGCACCUACGGAAGCCACGGCCUUGAGAUUGUCAUGUUAAGUUUUCAUGGGACGGUUGCCAAGGCCACGAAAAUAACAGGGGACCCCAAUGUCCCAGCUGGACAACCAACCCUUGAAGUCGACCUCACCCGUCCGAUGCGGCUCCCAGACCUAGAACAUUUGAAAAAUAUUGAUGAACUGUCUCGGCUCAUCAUGGACAUCCAUGAGCAAAUAAACAGGGAGCAGCGAUUGACAGGAAGGGAAGAGGAGGCAGCAGGCGUCCGGGUAGAAGAGACAGUGCAAGCACCAUCACCUCCCGUAAAACCGAUGGACAGAAAAAUGGACGUGCAAGGCGAGCUGCAACCCCCUGAUCCCCAAGCAUUUGCUCUUCCAGAGGAAGUGAUGGCAAGGAAUGAAGACUACCCUCGAAGCUGCAAGAUGUGCUUCUUUGGGACUGGCUUGAUAGCCGGACAUGGGUUCAGCAGUCCAGAGAGAACCCCUGGCCUCUUUAUCCUCUUUGAUGAUGAUCGCUUUGGAUUUAUUUGGCUGGAGCUGAAGUCGUUCAGUUUGUACAGUCGCAUGAGGGACAAAUUUCAGAACUCGCAGCCGCCAUCACUAGAAGCCUUUGACGAAAUGCUGAAAGCUAUGCAACUAUGGACAACCUAGAAGGGCCACGUCUGCGAUGCCAGAUCAUCUCAACCGCGGCUUCACAGAGAGAAGGCCCCGUCAGUGCAUGUACUCUGUUAACCCUGUGUGUGCCGGGGGCUCCGCAACACACUGCAACGUUACAAUAAGACAUCUAUGGAUUUUGAAGUGAUGCUUUUAAGGAGAAAAUUUUGAAGCAAACCUUGUGUAAUUUAUAUAAUCAGCCUAACCUAUGUAAUAAUAUAUACAUAUAUAGAAAUUGAGGGGAUGUCUUACUUAUCUGAUAAUUAUCAGGGCCGAGUAACCAGGUCAUAUUUUUCUACAUCUGUCUAUAGCAGGAAAAAUGUGUGUCAGCUUCCAAAACCUGGAGGAAAUAGAUUGCAAUGAAGUUUAUCAUCCAAUGGUAGAAGACUGGACUGCAGAGCAUAUAUUCUUGUGGCUAUGGUGGGCUGACAAAGUCCUGUAUGCCCUGUCUUAAAGGGGUACUCCGCUGCCCCAGCGUUCGGAAACAUUUUGUUCCGAAUGCGUGGAACGGGCGGUGGCGGGUCUUGAUGUCACGGCUACGCCCCUCAGGACGUCACACCACACCGCUCAAUGCAAGUCUAGGGAAGGGGGCGUGGCAGCUGCCACGCCCCCUCCCAUAGACUUGCAUUGAGGGGGUGUGGUGUGACGUCACGGGGGGGGCAUGGCCGUGACAUCAAGACCCCAGUUGCCCGCACCCAGCGUUCUAAACGUACGCCGAGUGUUGCACAGAGAUCGCGGGGGUCCCAGUGGCGGGACCUCCAUGAUCAGACAUCUUAUCCCCUAUCCUUUAGAUAGGGGAUAACAUGUCAAAAUGCCAGAAUAAAUUGCCAAAUCGCUUAUUCUGAGUAUAUUUCUUGGUAGAGCAUUUACUGCCGAUUAGUCCCAAUAAAAGGCAUCAGUGCGAGCUAGUAAAAUAAAUGACAAAAAUCUGACGCUACUCUUGGAAUUUCUAUCACGUAUCACAUGGCUUGUUUCCCCCCCCGCCACUCAGAAAAAAUACAUAAUGUAAAUGUAGUCUAAGGGUUGCUGCUUGCAAUACCACUUAUUUACCGCAAGAUGUCGCUGCAGUUCUAACACACAAUCUGUAGCUACCUGUGAUUCAGUCUGAUUUCCGGCACUGUGCAAAUGAAGGCAGUAAAAAGAUGGAGCCGGAAUAGGAGUUGUCCAGGAUUAGAGAAAUGCUGAUUUAUUUUACAUUUUCUACAAAAAUAGCAUCACUACUGUCCACAGGUUGGGAGUGGUAUUGCAGCUCACCAUCAUUAAAGUGAAUGGGACUGAACUGCAGGACUACACCCAACCUGUGGAUAAGAGUAACGCUGUUUUUACAAAAAAAUAAAUAAAUAAAAAGCAGCAUUUUUCUAAUCCUGGACAAUCCUUUAAAUGUGUUUGUAUAAAAUUCUGUAGCUGCCUUUGUUCAGGUUUUAGAAGUGUUGCGCUGCCAUCCAUAUGUAUUGAGCAUGUUAUGCUGCAGCCAGUCACUACCCCUAGCAGUCAUGUGCAAAAAGAGACAGCUGAGGGCUUUGGCUGCAACAUUAUGUGCUCAACGUAUGGGGACAUUAUUGCAGCACUUCCAGCUGGGAAAACUGGAAUGAUGGUAGUGCUGGAGCAGCGGUAUGCUAAGGGAUGACUACAGUUUGCCAGUGUUUCCCAACCAGGAUGCCUCCAGGUGUUUCAAAACUACAACUCCCAGCAUGCCUGGACAGCCUUCGGCUGUCCAGGCAUGCUGUGAGUUGUAGUUUUGCAACAUCUGGAGGCACCCUGGUUGGGAAACACUGCUGUAUAUAUAAGAAAUAAAAAGACCCCAUUAAACUGCUGUUAAAUAUCAGGAUUUCGAGAUGCAAAAAUUUUCCCUAUUUAUGUAUAUAACCUUGACCAUAAGAGCUUGCAAUCCAGUGAAUGUUGAACAGGCUAGUUGUGAUUUUGCCUGGUCUUCUUAUAGGGCUGAUGCUACCAUGUAACAUGUGUGACUGUCUUCUUAGUUUUAAAGGGCACUUGUCACCAACAUUUGACUUCCUAAAUAUAUAUUAUAUAUACACACA